AAAUUAUUAUUUUAGAUUAAUAAUCUGGCAAUUAUCAACUAUAUUAUUUGUUAUUGUUAUCUCGAUAGAUUGAUUUUGUAAUUAAUAAUUUUCUAACAUUUUUCAUAUAUUUUAUUUUAUUUACUGCAUUAGCUCCAAAGUGUCGAAAGGAUUAACGAUGCAUAAUUGCAACCUGACUGCAUUAUGGAAGAAUUGCGAGUGUUUUCAAAACUGCCUACACUCGGGAUUUUUCCCUUUUUUUUUUAACCAAUUUAGUUGACGGCAAGAUUUGCGAGGGCGAAUUUUUGCCGGACAAGAAUUUCGCGGCUCUCGUCUUCGACAAUUCGAUCGUAUCGUAGAAUGCUUAGCUGGUUCUCUCUCUCUAUAUAUAUAUAUAUAUUAUAUGUGUAUACCGAUAUCAUCCUAUAUUUUUUGCGCUCACGCGCAAGAACCAUGCCUUUCCUGUUUUCCCUUUUAAUGUCCUUAUGUCCCUCCUUUUACGCUAAUAAUAUCUUUACACUUGGUGACAGCGGAUGCACGAUAUUCGCUCUCGUGGGGAUCGCUUUUGCUCGACGAACCGGUAACACGGUCGCUCUUUGUCAUCCUAAUACUAUUAUCCCGCGGUCCGGUCUAUUCGGAAAUAAAACGCGUCUCUUCGGGAUCGCUCCGACGUCUCCCUCCCUCAUCGUAUGUUGUAACAAGUGGGACCAUCAUUCUGUAAUGAGAUUAAAAUAAAAAAUCACUGUCAAUCUGUUUUCUCGUCCGGGCAUGCGAUAUAGAUUUUUUAAAUGUAAAUUUCUUGUUAUGACCUUCAUAGUUACAUCAUUGUUGCAAUUUAUAUACGUAGUUGUAGAAAAAUUGAGAAAAAAUAUCUAGAUAAAAUCGAUUUAUUAUUUUAAUACAUUUCUUAUUCCCGAGUGAGAAAAACUGUUUACAUUUCGCGAUUUUAUUUCAAUGUUCAUGACUCUAAUAACACUUAAUGAUUUUUUAGGAAGUGUAAUUUCAGCAAAUUUGUUCUUAAUGUUUCUGCUAUUUUGCGUAUCAAUAAGAAAUUCGCGCAAAUCGCGUGUGUAAUUUUCCGUUGCAAUGGCUCAAUGAUGCCACGAUCGUCGACAUGUUUUAUCGUGUGUUCAUUUGGGCAUUUAGCGGCGCGAUGUUCCGAAUCGCUUAGCCAGCUUCGCUUAAUAAACACACCGACGUAUUAGAGAGCCGAUUUACGCGCAAUUUCAACGGCUUUACUUUAACGUUAGAACGUGCUGAAAAAAAAAAAAAAACACUCUUUGCGAGAAAGCGAGGCCGACUUUUCGCGAAGAACGCCGCGAGAUCGUUAGCGAGAGGAGGGCGAUUUUGCGGAUCAAGGAAAGAGACGAAAGUCUCUCGUCCCUGCUCGUCGCUUUAUUUCCGAAGCGAGGACCGACCGCGGGCGUUCUAGACGUAGCUUUCUAUCCUUCUACAACCUUGUUGUUUUCAGCCGACUGCAUUACGAGCAGAACGGACAAUAAUGAUCGAGGAAAAAAGAGAGAGAAAGAGAUAAGAGAGAAAAAGUAGCAAAGUGACACGAGUGUGUGUAUCCAUUCAGACUGAUCAAUAAAAAAGGAAUUCAUUCGAAACAAGAAACACAUCGAGCGAUUUUACGAUCGAAAUCACGGCGUGUCGCGAUCGAUCGGCGAGAAACGACGAUCGAUUGAAAGAGACGGAAGGGAGGAGAAAAAAAAAUAGUGAUUGAUCGAAGUGAAAAGAUUAGGAGGAAUCAGGCUGUGACUUCGAGCGUGACAGCGCUCGUCUAUUUUAUUUUAGCUUACAUGAUCCUUGACCAUAAGUGAGUGUUUCACCGUUAGAUACAGCGUUAGCAUAACUAGCGGAACCGCAUCUAAUGCAACAGAUUAAAUUCACAAUUGAGAUCCUGAAUUGAACAAGUAAAGAAUAAAGUUAUAUUUAUAAUUGAAAAAAUUCGAUAAAAGGACUUAAAAUUAUAAGAGGAUUGAAUUAAAUGGGUUAUGUCAAAUUUAAUUUGCGAUUAAAAAAACAAACGAAUUAAAUUCGACUUUAAGUAAGUUAUAAUUAAAGUUUACAAGUAAGAAAAUCCCAUCAAGUGUGUUACAUAAGACUUGUAAUUAUGAGAAUUGAAUUGAAUCGGAUUGUGAACAGCGGUUGUAACGGAUUUAUCGUUUCGCGCGAAUAAAGCUACAAUUAAAUCAAGCCUAUGUAGUUCGCGCGGAGCUCUUACGAGGCUCAGGGAAAAAAGAUCGCUCUGAUAACUCGACUUGAUAUAACUUAAGUAGAUAAUCUCUCCUGCGAAAGUGGUUCACCGCGGUGUAACUUUCUAUGAGACCUGUGGUUUCUCAUCGCUUUCGCGUUCAUUUCCCUUCCUUUCUCGUCGGAAAAAUCAUUUUCUGCGAUUACGAAAAUUUAUGGGAUUUUCAUUUCCACCGAUUUUCAUUCCGAUCGGCAGAAAUCUCAUUGGCGAUGUAUAUCACAUGUAAGAAGUUCACUUUUAUUAUAACCGCAAAGAAAUCCGCGCAAAAGUCACGAACGUUGUAAACGAGAAGUAUCCAACGCUCCGAGAGAGAGAAAUGAUCGCGGGUACGCGAAUGUUGAUACAACGGAUUAAAUAGUUUUGCAAUUUUUUUUUUCUCAUCCCGAUAGAGGAUCGAUAAUUGAAGCCUUCUCACUUUCGAACCGUCUCGAGGAUCGUGCCUUGCAUAAUGUGCAUUGUUGGUACCAACGGCCAACACGGAGACGGUUCGGGAAUAAACCGUUAGAAAUUAAUAGAUGGAUGCGACGCGACGUUCAGCCGCAGGCGGGAUUAUACAACGGCGGCUCUGCCAUGGACGAGAGCGAGUUGCAGACACUCCUGCGAAUGUCGAUGGCAUAGUUCGAAAGUCAAAUGCCAUGCUGCCUUUUCUGCGGAUUAAUAGAACAAUGACAAUGCGGUGCCGGAUGUCGUCGAUCGUUAUCGGAAUCGCGUUUUUGGUCGUCCUGCUGGACGGUGCGAUUGGCAAACUGCGGGUCGCUUACCGAUGGAAGCAGAUCGAUUACGAGUGGUCGAGCAACGACAUUAAGAGGCUCUUCCCGGAUUACAAGCAAGAGGACAAUCUGCCCUUGGGUUUGGAGGUGGCCGGCGAUCGGCUCUUUAUUACCGUGCCGAGAUGGAGACAAGGAGUUGCCGCCAGUCUCAAUUACAUUAGGCUCAAUGAUACACGCGAAUCGCCACCCCUGAUUCCGUAUCCCUCCUGGGAGGCCCAUCAAUACGGCGCCGCCGGUGUACCGGAGAUCGUCUCGACGUUCCGCGUACGCGCCGACCGUUGCAAUCGGCUGUGGGUCCUGGACACGGGACUGACGGACAUCCUGGGCAGCCCCGAGCAGCAGGCACCACCGGCAUUGCUCAUCUACGACCUGACGAGCAAUCGCGUGCUGCGUAAAUACGCGAUACCGUCCGAUCAGAGAACCGCCGAUUCCCUGUUCGCCAACAUCGCCGUUGAGGACUACUCGUGCGAGGACUCGUACGGCUACCUGGGUGACCUGGGCGGCCCCGGUCUCAUAGUCUACUCCUGGAGCCUUCACAAGUCCUGGCUCGUCAAGCAUCACUCUUUCCAUCCAGAUCCAAUGGGCGGAGAAUUCAAGGUGUCGGGAAUAUCGUUCCAAUGGAAUGACGGCCUGUUCGGGAUGGCUCUCGAGCCGACUGGUGAUGGUUACAGCACCAUGUACUACCAUCCACUCUCCAGUGGCAUGGAAUUUUCCGUCAGUACAAGGCUAUUGCGCGAUCCUUUGCGCGCUAGUGCGGCGGAAACGUCCCACGAGUUCCAAACGCUGGGAUCGCGCGGGCCCAACGGCCAGAGCAGCGUCAGCUUCCUGGAUCCGAAAACCGGAAUUCUCUUUUACGCACUUACCAAUCUAAAUGCCAUCGCUUGUUGGAAACCGCAGAAUAAAUUCACCAUGCAGCAACAGGGCUACGUCUUUCAGGAUAAUGUCACCAUGGUUUUCCCCAACGAUCUUAAGAUUGAUCGAAACGGCAAUCUAUGGGUUCUCUCUGACAGACUGCCUCUCUUCAUGUAUUCGCAAUUGGACUUACAUGAUUACAACUUCAGGAUACUCGUAGGAUCGACCGAAGAUCUCAUUAGAGGCACGGUUUGCGGGUCGACGUCGUCUUCGAUUUACUCCACGACAACAAAGAUGUACGAUCUUUAUGAUCACAGAGAUCAUAUGGAUCACAUGGAUCACAUGAAUCACCUUGAUCACAGAGAUCACACAAUGCCCAGGAUUACUGGAAACUCUGCCGGUUCCGUAAAGACGGAGAUCGCGACAAUGAUGUUGCUGAUAUGUUUGAGCAAAGCUUUUAUUUGAGGCGUGGCUGUUGGAAAAUUUGGAGAUAAGAAUAAAAAAUAGUAGGAUUAAAGAUAAAAGAAUUAAAGUAACAUUACAAACAAAUGUAGAUAGAAAUAGAAAAGAAGAGAGGACGAGGAAGAAGGAGAAAGGUACGGAAUAUUCGUUACAUUAAUGUUAUUUCUUUUAUAAAAUUGUUUUUGUAAUUCAGAAUAAUUUUGAAGUGAAGUAACAAAUAAUCGAACAAAGUUUUUGUUGAUAAUAUAUAUAAUUGCCCCUUGUUAUAAAAUUAUGGAAAAUGAUAUAUAUUUAUCUAACCGCGGUUACAAAAUUAAAGCUAUUAAUUUAUUGUCGAAAACUUAUUUAUUAUUCCGUCUAAUUGCUUCAAUUCGAGCCUAUUUUGUAAAAAAUCCAAAAUGUAUAGCGUAUACUGUUAAUUAUCUUAAUUAUAAUUAUCUUUUUAUUUUAUUAUUAUAAAAUAAUUAUUAUUAUAUAUAUGUAUUUUUGGAAGAGUUCGGAUUGCAGUAAAAAGAAAAAAUACGGCAAGGAUUGGUACAAAUUAUUUGGAUCGCAAAUUAAUGAAUAACGAACCGAUGAUAGUUGGAUGACUUCCUUGCAUAGUACAAGAGCGCUUUCUCAUUAGAUGUUCACUUCCUCAUUCAUUUAUCUCUCGAGGAAGCACUUCUCUCCUCGAGUACAUUACCAUUAUCUACUCAUGCUAAAACUGCCAUUAUCUUUACAUGUCAGAUGUAAUAUAUACCAUGAGAAGAAAGAAGAGAGUCUCCAAUAAAAAAUGUUUCUAUAUUUUUUUAUUUCUCUUAUCGUUUUCGAAUAUUUUAUUUUGCCACAAUAUUUUAUUUUGAUUUGCUGAUUCAUCAUGUAUCAUGUUAUUCAUUCUGUUUUUUAUGAGAUAGUCUUUAUUUUGCACAAUUUGUCACGCGCGGCUCAAAUGCUCGCGCAAUGACUGCAAGAACGCGUGUUGCCCAACGUACAGAUACAAUCUCUGAAGAUUGUCAGAAACCUAUUGGAAUCGUAAAAUUUCACCGCAAAAGAAAAACGAUGAUAAAGUCCUGCUGCGCGAUAACAUCUGCAAGAAGUCCCGACAAUUUUUCCCGUGGAAGAUCGGCUGAUGGCAUGCCGUACAUGAUGAUCGAGAUAAGUCGUGCAGAGUCAUCGCAUACAUAUUUACGCACCUGCUGCGUGCAUCACGUGGUCGUCAACCUGCUGCACCCAUACCUGCACGCGUGUACCUUGAAUGUCGCAAGUCGAAUGUGAAUCACGUAAGAGCGAAUCGCGAUGCGCAUCAUCUUUUCGUAGCGCUCAUGAUUGGCAGUCUGCCAAUUUUUUCAACUGGUGAACAACAAUUUUUUGCGAGAAUCGUAUCUAUUGCAUACAAGACUCUGUGUUUCAGUAUAAGUAGUAAUUUCGCUAAAAAUCAAAUGUUAUUAAAUUACGAUUAUUUUAUUCAUAUCAUUGUAAUAUCAUCAAUUAUAUUAUCAAACAAUAAUUACUGAAUUUAAAUAUUACAAAAUUGUUUGGUUUAUAUGCGUUAAUACAUUGUACAUGAAAUUGUUUUAUUACGUAAAACGAUUUGUAAUUAAAUACAUAUAAUUAAAUCAUGUAUUUAUAUAAAUAUAAUUCAUAAUAUAUUCAAUGUUAUUAAAAAUUUCUUUUAAACAAUGAUAAUGUAAUAUUACUUUUUAUUUACUUUAUUUUUUUAUUUAUUACUUGUCGGACGUGAUUUCAUUAAACAAGAUUGUUGUCUCUUUUAAUAAUUUAAUAUCACGUCUUUUAUUUCAAAUGCGCAAAUUUCUGGACACCCUAUUUAAACAAAUUGUUGCGUGAAAAUAAAGAAUUAUUACGAUAAAACAUUAUUUUACAUAAUUAAUCUUUUCGAUUAAUAGAUCAUAGAUUUUUGUAGCAACCUGUACUGGUUCUCGUGUUUGUUCCUCGUAACAAUUAUUCUUUAUUAUUUAUUAGAUCUGUUUUUUUUUUGGAAAGAUAAAAACAAUACAAACGGAGAAUACAU